AUGGUAUUGGCCGAUUUGGGACGCAAGAUUCGUAAUGCCAUUGGCAAGUUGGGCCAAGCCACUAUUAUUAAUGAGGAGGAGCUAAAUGCUAUGCUAAAAGAGGUAUGCAUGGCUUUGAUCGAAUCCGAUGUGCAUAUUCGUUUGGUCAAGCAACUCCAGGAUAAUGUCAAGAAGGCCAUCAAUUUCGAAGAUAUGGUUGGAGGAGUUAAUAAAAGACGAUUGAUUCAACGAUCAGUCUUCAAUGAGCUUUUAAAAUUGGUUGAUCCUGGAGUGACUCCUUUCCAACCUGUCAAAGGAAAGCCAAACGUGAUUAUGUUCGUUGGUUUGCAGGGUUCUGGUAAAACAACAACUUGUACUAAAAUGGCCUACUAUUACCAACGUAAAGGAUGGAAAACUUGCUUGAUUUGCGCUGAUACUUUCCGUGCUGGAGCUUUCGACCAGUUGAAACAAAAUGCAACCAAAGCUCGAAUUCCUUUCUACGGUUCCUAUUCCGAAAUGGAUCCCGUUCUUAUUGCCGCUGAAGGAGUGGAAAAGUUCACUAAGGAAGGUUUCGAAAUCAUUAUUGUUGAUACAUCUGGUCGGCACAAACAAGAGGCAUCUUUGUUCGAAGAAAUGCUCCAAGUUUCGAACGCUGUGAACCCCGAUAAUGUUGUGUUCGUUAUGGACGCGUCUAUUGGUCAAGCUUGCGAAGCUCAAGCAAGAGCUUUCUCUCAAACUGUUGAUGUUGCAUCAGUCAUUAUAACUAAGCUUGAUUCUCAUGCUAAAGGAGGAGGAGCCCUCUCAGCUGUGGCUGUCACAAAGUCUCCUGUUAUUUUCAUCGGUACAGGAGAACACAUUGAUGACUUUGAAAUCUUCAAACCAAAGGCUUUUGUUCAAAAAUUGCUGGGUAUGGGAGAUAUUGCUGGGCUUGUUGAUAUGGUAAACGAUAUCGGUAUUCAUGACAACGAAGAACUCGUAUCGAGAAUCAAACAUGGAAUAUUCACACUCCGUGAUAUGUACGAGCAGUUCCAAAACUUAAUGAAGAUGGGGCCAUUCAGUCAAAUUAUGAGCAUGAUCCCAGGGUUUGGCCCAGAGUUCAUGUCUAAAGGAAACGAGAAAGAAUCUCAGAACAGACUUAAACGCCUCAUGACAAUUAUGGAUUCUAUGAGUGACAAAGAGUUGGAUCAUGCUAAGGCUAAUGAUCUCUUCACCAAAGAGCCAGGUCGUAUUAUUCGAGUUGCAAGAGGCUCUGGAACAACUCAAGCUGACGUCAAAGAGCUUCUUUCUCAGUACAAGAAGUUUGCCGACAUGGUCAAGAAAAUGGGAUCCAUGAAAGGAUUGUUCAACACUAAAACUGGAGAUCUUAAUCCGAAGAACGUCAACCCUAUGCAAAUGGCGAAGUUGAAUCAGCAAAUGGCCAAGAUGAUGGAUCCAAGGAUACUCCAACAGAUGGGAGGAAUGGGUGGUUUACAAAGCAUGAUGAGUCAAUUACAAAAAGCUAGUGGAGGUAAAGGUGGAUUUUUCUAG